CGUUGUGUUGGAGGAGAGAGUGAUCAACGACGGUGUUGUCUCGGAGGGGAGUUGUGACAGUGACAGCCUGUUUGUUGUUGGUACCCGAGCGGCGGCGAUGGAAGUGUUGGAUGCUGAUGGUGCCGACCCCCUCGAGUGGGACAGUAAGCUCAGUGAACUCAACCUGUCGGCAGGACUGCAGUGCGAGGCCCUCUACCCGACGCACUUCACUGAAAUGUUGGAUGAGCUUUCCAAGGAUAUGCUGCAUCACCUUUUCAAUGAUCCUUUCCUUUCGGACAAAAGUGAGCUGAUGGAUGCAGAACUGUCGCCUGCUCCACACAUUCAAGCUGAGCACAGCUACUCCCUGGCAGGCGACUCCCGCCCGCAAUCCCCACUCACACAGAUCUCGACUGAAGAGGAUUUCAGUGAAGAUAUGGAGUGUGAAUCCUGGUCAGUGGGCUCUGAUCUAAAGCCAAUCACAUUGAAGCAUGAAGCUCUCCUUUGUGAUAGUAACUGUCUUGCUCCUUCUGUUACCUUAACAACCGCAACCACUUCUGUGGGUGAUGUCGUACUUGAGACAUACAAGAUGGACACAGCCUCUGUGACUGAAUCAGGUCUUGAUGCAAUCCCAGAUGGUGAGACUAAAACGUGCACAUCGAAGGUUGUUCCAAAGAUCAAACUGGAACCUCAUGAGGUGGAUCAAUUCCUCAAUCUGGCUCCAAAAGAAGCAGAAACCGAGAUUCUCCAGUUGCCACCAACGCCACCGAGCAGCCAUGGCAGUGAUUGUGAGGGUGGACAAAGCCCAACACGUUCUGUCCAAUCACCGGAUCCUGUCCAACCACAGCCCACGGCAAAAUGCAUAGCUCGUGCACCAUCCGCUCUGUCCAGCUCUCCUCUUCUCACUGCACCACAUAAGCUACAAGGCUCGUCAGGACCUCUCAUACUGACAGAGGAAGAGAAACGGACUCUGAUUGCUGAAGGGUACCCGGUCCCUGUCAAACUACCACUGACAAAGGCAGAAGAGAAGGCACUCAAGAAGAUACGCAGAAAAAUUAAGAACAAGAUCUCUGCCCAAGAAAGCAGGCGAAAGAAAAAAGAAUACAUGGACACGCUGGAAAAGAAGGUAGAAUCUUGUUCAAAUGAAAAUAGCGAACUCCGUAGAAAGGUGGAAAAUUUGGAAAAAGCAAACAGAUCCUUGCUCCAGCAGCUACAAGGACUCCAGGUCCUAGUGGCAGGAAAGGUGCCCAGACCUUGCAAGAUGGCCAGCACACAAACCAGCACAUGCUUAAUGAUUGUGGUGCUGUGUUUUGCCAUUGCACUGGGGAGUUUCAGUAACAGAUUUGAUCCAUUCUCCUCUUCAGUGACAAAAUCAGUGCUCCCUGUCCAGGAUUCGACACAAGAGUCAUAUGCAGCCACUGUUCGUUCAAGGCAUUUAUUAUUUUAUGAAGAACAUCCAGGUUUCGAGGACGAAAUCAGUUCUGUCAUGUCAACAGAUGCCUGGGAAAAAUUAGCAGAGUCUGUUCGGGAGCGAGCACGACUGGCACAGUUUCUCACUGCCAGGGGUUCAGCACAGAAGCAGCAAGUACAGGAAGCAGUCACACACUCAGAGGAGCCAGCAGAGGAAUAUAUAAUAUCAAAUGAAACAAGAACAGAGAAUUCAGUCCUGAUAGAGCUCCAGUCACAACGGAGCCUCCCAAGCGUAGGGAUGAAUGGAACCACUGUGGAAAUUGACAGAAGAGUCAACACAACAUCCUAAAGAACCAUAAAGUGGUGUUUAUGCAAUGAAUGCAGUCCCUUUGUAUACAAUCCCACCCGGUCUGAUCAUCAACAGCCAGCUUAGAAGGAGAUCAGAUAACUUUGUGUUUUUCCCUGUACUACUUUAUUACAAACCUGCUUACUGAAUAUUAAUUUAUAUAAAUUAAUAAGUAUAAAUGUGUUGAGAACUUGAGUUAUAUAACACAAGUCUUCAUUCCUGCAUUGAUUCCUUGUUUAAAAUUAAAAUAGCUAGAUAGCCAGACAGUUUAAGUAUAUGUAAGGGAUGAAUCUCAGUCUGGGCUCAAGUUCUAGGUUUCAGAACCAGCAGAAAAGAUUAACCUGAACUUCAUGUUGUUGGUCAAAAUAGGGUGUCAAUUCAACUCAUUUGUUCUACUCAUUCUUAAAAGGUUGUAAAACAACUGAGCAGAAUCGCUGGUCGUUGGUCCUUUAACAGAUUCACACCAAGGGAGGAUGGUUCACCCUCCUUUUCCUCUUCAUAACCUCAGUCCCUCAGAUGCCUUCCUUUCUCAAAUACUGGGUAGUAGGGGUAACCAGCUGUCUUCUACAGCUGACUGUUUUGAGGAGGUUUCAGUUUUGUUACGAGUAGAUUUAGUGUCUUAGUUCUUGGGUCAUAGUAAAUAAUUUUUUAUCAAGUUUUUGCAUUUGUCUUUUAGUAAAAAUACAAAAUAAAUCUGCACUGCAUUCAAAUAUAGUUGUUUCCAAUUUUAACCUUCUGCUGACAGAUCCAACCAGAAUUUUAUCGUAAAUGUUUACUGUGGCUUUAAUGUUUGGAUGCCUUGUUGGUUCUUUAAAGAUUAGUCUUGCUUCUACUGGGCAAAGAUUUAAAUUUUGUUUCAGCAAAGCAAAAGGAGGUUAAUGGCACCCAUGAACAGCUUUUUUUUUAUUGAAGGAUCAGUGUUUUUCAGAUAACAUUCCCCCCCCCCACACCCCCCAUUGGAUGACCACAGUGUGUAUUUUAUCAUUAAUUUGAUGAAGAGCCAGAACUUGUCACAAUGAGUUACAUGUGCUCUAAAGUUCUUUGUUGCCAUAGUGCUAUUAGAUGGUACUAGUGUUUACACACUGUUCAAGCAAGAUCAGUUGUGUUUUUCAUGUCUGCACUACAACAGAAAUAAACUCUAAAAUGUGCCAGCUAAUCAUUACUGAAACCAGGUUAACUCUGUUUCCUCGUGUUAUGCAAGUCUGCAACUUUGUUGUUGAGUGAGUCAGUGAAUUUAUUAACAAAAAAUGGUGACCAGAGAUUGAGAAACAGAAUUUAGUGUUACAGCCUCAAGAUGUCCAAUUAAAGAGAAAUGGCUAUAAAAUAGGGUCAGUUGCUAUACUACUAGAAUUACAUUAGGCCAUGGGAGCAGGCUGGUAGAUGAAGAGGGUCCAUAAAAUUCUUGGAGAAGUAAGGUGACCAGUACAGAAACCCAACAUACGAUGGCCCUAAGAGACCCUUGACCCAUCUGCUGCUGUACAUAGGCACACGCUUAUGUGAUAAUAAAGCUAAUGCGAAGAUUGUUAUUGCUGGCACUUGUCAAUAGACAAUAGGUGCAGAAGUAGGCCAAUCUGCUCUUCGAGCCUUUCAAUAUGAUCAUGGCUGAUCAGCCUUAAUCAGUAUCCUGUUCCUGCCUUAUCUCCAUAACCCUUGAUUCCACAAUCCUUGAGAGCUCUAUCCAACUCUUUCUUAAAUGAAUCCAGAGACUGGGCCUCCACUGCCCUCUGGGGCAGAGCAUUCCACACAGCCACCACUCUCUGGGUGAAGAAGUUUCUCCUUAUCUCUGUCCUAAAUGGUCUACCCUGUAUUUUUAAGCUGUGUCCUCUGGUUGUCAACCUGGAAAUGAUCUUCAAUGACCAAUAUUGGUAUGAAUCAGUGAAUCUACUAGGAGCAGUUUGACAGCACCAUCAUAGAAUGCAGGACUGGCCCAAUAGGAUCUUUUUGUUGUGGAUACAGUUUCCCGACUUGGAAAUUGAGGGAGUGAACUAACCCUGAUAGGAUGACCCAUUGCUGCUGCCCAUCCCUUCUGACUUGGCACAAUUCAUUAUUGUACAUCAUUCCUUAGUUGGUGAGUGCCACAGAAUGAACAGGCCUCUCCUCCCUGACCUGCAUGCUGUUGCACACCUGGGAAGCAGUAGCCACAGCAAGGGACCUUUUGAAGUACAGGGACAAAAGGUCAUCUUGUGUUGGAACAGUUCAGACUCUGGUACAAAAGCAGACCUCUGAGCAAUUGCAUUGGCUGUAAAGCGUUCAGAGACACCUGAUUGUCAUGACUAGUGCCAUGUAAAUGUGAGUCUGUUUACCUCCGUCUAUGGAGAGACUAGAGAUGCAGAUCAAAGACAAAUUGGAGACAAAUUAAAGAGGACUAUUAAAGGGCUUCAUUCCACCGAGACUGACAUUCCACAAGUAGGAUGGGGUGAGAGGUAGCUGAAUAGAAGCUGGUAGUCUCCUUGGGAGGACUAGGCUUCCUGAUUAGGGCUAAAGGAGGCACCUCCCAGCAGCAAGUGCCACCCACUCAUGCUUUAAACUCCUCCCCCACCUCAAACCCUUUCCCGUUAAUUAGUUGAUAGAUAUAGACUCAGGUUUGGUUCACUGCUUUUUGGUAGGCACAGUCACGAUACAUCUUCUAAAUGUCUGAAGGGGAAACUGCAAGAAUGAUAGGAGAGUGGUUGUGUAUGAGUGGCUCCUUAAUUGGGUCAGCACAGCCAUGAUGGGUUGAGCAGCCUUUUUCUGUGCUGCAGUGAUUCUGUGAAUCAAGUUCGGGCUCUCAGAAGUGGUUGUUAUAGGGCUGCACCUGGGUUUUGGGCCUCUGCCCACUGCCUAUGUAAUGAUCCUCAGGACCCUUCAGUCGAAAUUACCUUAGUCUAGAAAUGGGAACUUAAGCGAGGCAAUUUCAAUUGUUCAAAUCGCCAUUUGCAUUAAUGUCUAGCUGAUGUUAUCAAGACAAAAAUUGCUGGUGACCUGACUUUUAUUUCCAAUCUAAUUCACUGGUUUCAUGCCUGAUCUAUUCUCCAUCUCCCACCAUUGAAUACUGAGCCUCCUGCAAACAUAGAAAAUACUUGACCUGAAGAAAUAUAUUUCCACAAUAGUCUAAUAAGAGAUACAUGAAAAACCCACAUGCUUAGAGAUACUUGAAUUAUAACAGCCAAUGCUGGAAAUACUCAGUAGAUCUGGCCACCUCCGUGGAGAGAGAAGCUGAAUUAACCUUUCUAAUGAGUCACUGAACUGAAACAUUGGAUCCGAUUUCAAUAAUUAAGUGAAUGACUUUUGAAUAUAUUUAUUUAAAAUCAGGCCUAUUAACUCAAGUUUCCUCUCCACAGAUGCUGUCAGACCGACUGUGUAUUUCCAGAUGUUCUGUUUUUUUCUUCAGACUCCCAGGAACUACUGUACUUUGCUCUUGCCUUACUUAAGGCUCCUGUCAGUCUGAUAUGGAGUGACGGUCCACCCCCUUAAAGUCUAGUAACCUGAGUUGUAUCUUAGCAAGAAUUGAGGCUUACGCUAUUUUUGGGGAGCCUACGUGCAAAGAAAGUUGGUAGUCUUCACUCUCUGAGCUUGUAAUGUUGCUAGGAUUUAGGAUUCUCCAAAGUUAAGUAUGAAGAAAUUUAAUUCUUAGAGAGAACUGUACUCUAGAAUCUAUUUGUAAAUCAGGGUAGCUAGUUGUUCAGAAGUGUUUUGAAGUGCUGCAGACCUACUCAGCCAAUAUGUUACAGAUGGGUGACUUAAUUUUGACCUUCUGUUGUUGAUAUUGUCACCUUGCUAACACCUGCUUAAUAGUGGUGCAUAGUUAUUAACAGUUAUUGGAUGAAAUUUCAGUUGAUGCACUUGACAUUUUUAGCAAUGUAUCUGACCUGAAGGGUCAGGGAAAUCUUGGUUUGAUUAUUGAGACUGUCAGUAUUUGAUAUUUUAAUAAGACAGUGCUUGGAUUUAUUUACUGAGUUCUAUGGACAGAUUCAGGAGAUAGUGAAAAAUCUAUAUCAGAGCUGGCUCUUAAAGCACCUUACUCAUGCUCUGACAGCAUACAAGAGAAAAACAUAGUCUUGUUUCUAGUUGUAUUUUUUUGUUUCUUAUUUUCCUGUUUUACUAGUGUGUGUGGUCCUUACUGCUAUGAAAUUUUCUUUUGUUCCUUAUAAGCUGCAACUACAACAGUCCCUUUCCCCACCUUUUAGCUUUACUGUGUAGAAUUUAUUGGUGCUGAACUCUCACUCCUAAUGUUUAAAAUAGCCAAUGCCUGUGUGACUUUUCCUUCUGCCCCUUAAUGUUGUUGUUUACAAUUGGCACAUAUUUGUAAAAUGGAACCACUUAAUUCUCAUCCAAGGAAUUACAUAGUAAAAUAAUUUUGAAUUAAGCUUCACAUUUGUGGUGAUAGUGUCCAAAAACAAGUUGGUUAACACUUGACCUCCAUUAAAUUUAUAGUGGAAAGUUAAUUCAAACUGUUUGAAAUGAUUAAUGGAACAAAUGUUAACAGUAAAAGUUUAGAGCAAUAUUUCUUUUAAAUGUGUAAGGGAAGUUAUAGUUGGAUAAAGAGCUCAUUCAAAUACGUUAUUAGGACUGAACAGAGAUUGAUGCCACAGUAUAUUGUAAUUUACUUAAAAAUGUUUGAAUUAUACAAUUUGUAUCUAAACUGUAAGCUACUGUUAGUAUGUGUAUUUAGAACUUAAAAGUGUACUGCUUUACAAAAUAAUUUUAAAAAUUAUUCUAAAUGCAAUGAUGAAAUGUUAAAAUAAUGAGGCUUUGAAGCAGACCUCCAAGGAAGGUAAGGUUUCAGGGAAUAUAAGAACCUAAAAGGCUAAACGAGCCUGCAUUAACACUUCAUGGUUGAUAUUCGGCCUCAACUCCAAUUACCUACAACUCCCCAUAAGUCUUGUUUACCCAAGAAACCGAAAAAUCAAAACCCUUUCGGUGAAGCAGUCUUUCUGUAUCUCAGUCCUAAAGUGAUCAUUGCUUUAUUUUGAAACUACUCCCUCAUGGUCAAGGCUCUCCAGCCAGUGGGAACAACAACUCAGUAUGUAUCCUGUUCAACUCCUAUAGAAACUUGAAUGUUUCAAGGAGAUCACCUUUCAUUUUACCAAGCUCCAGAGAAUGUCAACCCAGUUUACUUGAGACAGCCCCUGUGUCACAGGACAAUCAUUCCAGAAACCAGUCCUGAAGGAUCUUCAGAGGGUAGAUGUGCAGAGGAUGUUUCCUCUUAUGGAAAAUCUGGUACUAGGGGUAACACACUUAAUACUGAAAUUAGGCAAUUUUUGUUUUAUUGGGUUGAGUACCUUUGGAACAGUCCCUGAAAAGUAUUGGAAGCAGACUCCUUGAAUAUGUUUAAGACAGAGGUAGAUUUGUUUGUUAAGCAAAGGAGUGAAGGGUUUCUCUGGUCUGUAGGAAUAUAGAUUUGACAUUACAGUCAAGUUAGCCUUGAUCAGUACAUCAGUCUAGAGGAGCUGUAUAGUCUAUUGCUGCUCCUAAAUCCUAUGUUUGUAAUCUAAUGACUACUGCCUCCAAAGUAAGUAUAUGUUUAUCUCCUGCCCGUACCCCCACCUGAGUCUAUAAUGAAUUAUUUUAAAAACUGACUAAAAGUGUCAAUAGCAUACGAGCUCUGGUUGCUAUGCUUAGCCACAUUGUAAAGAUGUUUGUGUAGAUUUGCUGUUUCCAGUGCCUUAAUCUUUGAGAACAGUUAUGAAUUUACUCAAACAAUGAGCUCAGAAAACCUUCAGAAACUCACUUGCAAUGUCUCUGUCUUGAUAACUUUAUCCCCAAAUGCAUUAGUGAGCAACAAGUACCAGGCAUAUAUUUUAUAGAUUAGUCAGCAAAUGAAUGACUGGCUUAUUGUAUUAUUUCAUUAUUUUCUGUUUUUGUUUCCCAGCAUUUUUAAACACUUUUAUCUCAUCAGUAAUUGUGCUGCAUGCUGCAGUCAUGAUCAUAUGAUGCCCUCUUUCUCCCAAGAACCAUUUGAUUUAUUUUGCAGUAAAUGAAGGCCAUAAAAUGUUUAAACAUUGUCAUGUACCAAAGUUAUAAGCAAUGUUUUUUUUAAAUAAGGAGCUUGUUAUGAGCAUGCAAAAUCGUUCAAUCCAAAGAAGUGAGUGCACUACAAUGUACAAAAUUACAUUGAGUGAGUUAAAAUGAGAAUGAUUGGUUUGUUUACUUCAAUCAUCUCACUAUAUCCAGUACAGACUGCUGGCCUGUUUACACCUUGACCCUUUUUGUGCAUUUUCCAGGUGUCCUGAGAGAUGUAAUACUAAAAGAUUUUGAAGUACUUGUCAAUACGUUUCAAAGAGUGCAAUUUGAUCACAGCUGAUUGUAAAUAAAUUUUCAAGUUACUUACAUGCAACAACAUUUCAACAUCAGAUAUCCGCCUCCAAAGUUCUCAUUGUCAUUCCCAUUCAUUUUUGUUCCAUGCAAAAAUUUUGUCAACUAUGAUCCUGAUCCAAGUACUAGCUCAUAUUUAAACUGCUAUUCCUCUCUUUAUUUGAAUUAGUCCUUAGUAAAUCAGAUCACUUGUAUUUUCAUUCUGGUUCUGAUGAUUGAAAACAUCAGAGCAAUAUUUGUGGCCGUCUUAACAGUGGACCAAUGUUGUAUUUCCCCACACUGUCUAACUGGCUGAAGAAGUGCGCGAUUUUACUAGCUGAAAAUGUGUUGCUGGAAAAGCGCAGCAGGUCAGGCAGCAUCCAAGGAGCAGGAGAGUCGACGUUUCGGGCAUGAGUCCUUCUUCAGGAAGGGCUCAUGCCCGAAAUCCCUCUACCGCGAUUUCACUAGCCCGUUUUUGUAUGUCACAACAUGAUAUAUGUGGAAUGGUUAACUGAAUGCAUCAGCAUUAAUCUUGUCUUUCUGGAGUAGAAAAGUUUAUAUUUUAUUCUAUAUGGAAACAUUUUUCUUUUAUAAUAACUGUCUUUAUACAUAUAAAUUGUAUGUUAUGCUUCUU